AUGGUGGAUUACUUCUUCAUCAUGUCCUGUGAGCAGUGCCAGUGCUCUCUGAGUGAUCUCCUUAGGGACUUGCUCCCAGGGAACGCACAUCUGCCUGACAUCUGGAACAAGACUCCUACGCUGACCCACCGGGCUGCUGGCAUCUAUUGCCUUUGGAUGGCUUUCCAGGGUUUGUCUUUGGUUUCCCAGCCUGUCCAGCUGGGCACAGCCAAUGCCGUGGGGGUGUUGAUAUUGGACUGGAUUGGCUACCACAUCUUCCGAGUGACCAAGCACCAGAAGGACCUUUUCCAUUGUACAGAUGGGAACUGCAGGAUCUGGGGGAAGAAAGCCAAGGACAUCGAGUGCUCCUCCAUGUGUGUGGAUGGCACCAAGUAUUACAGCAAGUUGAUGACCUGGGGAUUUUGGGGGUGGGCUCGUCAUUGCAACUCUGCAGGAGACCUGCUAGGCUCGCUGGCCUAUUGCCUGGCCUGUGGGUUUGCACACAUCUUGCCUUACAUCUGCAUCAUUUCUGUGACCAUUCUGCUCCCCCACCGCUGCAUUAGGGACGAGCACCAUUGUUCCAGCAAAUAUGGGAAGGACUGGAAGCACUACACUGCUGCAGUGCCCUACUGGCUCAUCCCUGGGGUGUUUUAAGGCUGACACAGAGUCCAGGGAAAGGAAAGAAGAAACAUUUUUUUU